UCGUAUUUCUGAUAGCUUACUAAAAUGGUCGCCGCCUUACUGUUGAGGAACUGUAAGAAUCGUUGCAGUUCCUCAUCAAUGCGGACAAAGGACCACUGUACACCUCCACAACAUACGGAUUGGUCAUCGGAAUUGGUCAUCAAAAUGGGCAUGCGCUUGACAUCGGAGGUGAUAAUUUUGCGCGGUCUGAAAACUGAGUUACGGGAGGCCUUCUUCAGCAUAGUUCACAGACAGUGCGAGAACAUUUGAAGAUCACAUGGUUUCCAAGAAGAUCAAGAAAAAAUACUCCUCAUCAUCUUUGGAGGAACAGCAGGAGUGGGAAGAGUAUCUGAGGAGAAUGUGCACAUCUCAGACCAUGGAGAAUGAAGUCUGCUGUGCAAGUGAGACACAUUAUGGGGAUUCAGUGAAGGGAAAUAAAAAUAAAUCAAAGAAACUCAAAAGCAAAGAGAAGGAAAAGCAUUUGAGCAGGAAAGCAGAGGUGCUCUUGUGUAACGACAAUGCUUUUGAAGCAAAUUUGAGAAGGAAAAAGGCAAAAAAGUUGAAAAAACACAAAGACAAGCAUCAGAAACAAAAGAAUAAAGACAAAUCAAAAUUGCAAGACUGUUGUCUCCUGCCGCUGCCUGUGAAACUGAGGAAAGACAAGAAAACUAAGAGUUUGGGUGGUUCAAACCAAAGCAACGUCAGCCUCUUACAUCAGCGUGCAGAAGCCUUAGCAUCUCAGGAGAUCAUGUUUCCUGAAAGUGGAAGACAUGGAUGUGGAUUAUUCAGGCAACAACAUCCAGUUUCUGAGGGUUCUCACCUUCUGAAACAGGAGCCAGCACAAGCCCAAAGUCAGAUUCACCCAAAGUCAAAGAAUGGUGCCCCACGUAGAAAAAGUGUUGUUUUUGACUCUUUGCCAUGUUCUUUUGAAUGUGUCUGUAGCCAAGUGAAAAAACAGAAAGGAGGAACAGAACACAUUCAAGUACCAGAACCUAGUCCCCCUGGGACCUGUGCUAAAGAAAUGCAACCCAGGUCAAUUCUUGUGUCCAGAAAGGCACACGUAACCUUUGAAGAUGAGGACACAGCUCUUUACCCACUGAGGGAAAGUGACUGUAAAGAGUCUGAGGUGACAGCUGAAAACAACAGCCAGGAGCUUUUCAUCACUCAGAAGACCUUCCGGCCUAUGGAAAGCUCAAGUGAGGAGAGCAGUAGUGUGAUUGCAUCUUUCACCAAGCCCAGGGAUGGGCAGUGUGGCAUACUGUGCCCUCAGCUCUCACAGGACCUCUUCCUCUCCAAGUCAACCACUGAGAAGGCCACGCAAACCGACGAUUUCUUUAGUUCUCCAGCACUUACGCCAUCUCUCAGAUUUCACAAGCUGCGUCAGAAGCAUGAGUGCACAGAACGGGCGCUUGACCUGAGCGUGCCCAAGAGACCCCACAGGCAGCCCACCGGAUCCACAGACUGGCAGCUCGAACAGCAGCAUGAGGAGACCAACUGCUACCCUCUCUAUCCCAAGCUCACGAGCACAGGUUCAAAUGAGCAAAACAGAACGCAUGCUGUGACCAAGGCUGGCAGUGCUCAGCUGAAGGUGGUGCAGACUCGGCUGAAUGAGUCCUUUUUCUUCAGGGCGAAGGGGGCUGUCCAGUCCCCCAAGCCCCAGUCUCCCCUUUUGGAUCACGGCAUGACCAGAUCAAAGAUGGCGCAGUUGAAAAUGUUAAUGAAAACCAGACGCCCUUCAGAUCUGAACUCCUGGUAGCCUUUCAGGUAGUUAAUUAAAUAACAUGUACAUGUUGCAAUGACAAUUAUAAGGGAAGUAUAAUACACAAAACAUGAAACUCUGCUGAAUAAUUUAUGACAGUGGUUAGUCGUUAUGACAACACUGAGGCCAUCAUAAUAUUCUCAAAAAAUAAAAUGCAUAUGUAUGUAUUUUAAAUUUCCCCCUGAUGUAUAAUAGAUUGGUAUAUGUUGCUGAAUUUCAGUUUUGGGUUUUGACUCAUCUCCUGAAGCAUUUAUAUUCUGCAUUUAAUGCAUUAAACACGCUAAAUGUAUAUCUUUUUUUUCUGAUCUUGGAAAAUAUUCACGGAUUUCAUAAUUUCAUUUU